GGGCGGCGGUGGGGUCCCGGUGCUGGCGGGCGGGUUUUUGUCUGUCACCGGCCCCGCUCUCGUCCCCUUUCCCCAGCCCCUGCCCUUCCCUAGGGCCUCGCGGUCGCCUCAGCUCCCGGGGUGGCGGUGGCACGGCCCCCCCCCCCCUUGCCCCGCGCCUUUCCGCCGCUGCCCCUCAGCCCGUGUCCCGCCGCCUUGGCCACCCCCCGCGGGGGCUCCGGCGAGGACCCCCUGCCCCCGAGCGUGUGCGGGCGGGCGGGUGUGAGGGGUGCCCUGUCUCUGCCCCGCCUUGCCCGCAGGAGGGGGCUGCGGCUGCGUGCGGGGAGGGGGGUGGGCGACAAGCCGCGGUUUGAUUUGCGGGGGGUAAAUGAUCCUGUGCCCAGGCGUAUCCGUGUUUUCCUUCGGAAAUAAGGGCGGAGAACGGGGUGUCGCAGCCCCCAAGCCCGGAGCGGUGGCGGGGCCGGCCCUGCCGGCGGUGCUGCUCGGCCUGCAGAGGCUGCGCCCAGAGUUGAGCUUAGUCUGUGCAAGGGAGGGCCUUCUGUAAAGGGGCAGAAGCCUGUUGGCGUCGUGUCUGGCUCUUUACUAAGUGUUGUAUAUUUCAUGGCUGCUGUUAAAAUCACCUGGCGUGAAAUUUAACGGGAUGAGACAUUUAUUUCUUUUUAGUACUAAAAUAACAAGUUCAAGACUGUGGCUGUUACAGCACCUGAUAACAACGUGAACGUUUAAUUCAAAUCUGCAAUUUAAGAACAAACCUACGUACCUAGCCUUAUUCUUUCCUGUCACCCCUGUGCUACUGAGGCCAACGUUGGCUUGUCCUUGCUUCUGGUUACCUUGUCUGGAAUCAAUCAUGGCUGAUGACUCUCAGAGAAACUUUCGAUCAGUGUAUUAUGAGAAAGUGGGGUUUCGUGGAGUUGAAGAAAAGAAGUCACUGGAAAUUCUGUUAAAAGAUGACCGGUUGGAUAUUGAGAAGCUUUGCACAUUUAGUCAAAGGUUUCCUCUCCCAUCCAUGUAUCGUAUACUGGUGUGGAAAGUGCUUUUAGGAAUUAUUCCUCCUCACCAUGAAUCUCAUGCUUUGGUGAUGAAGUACCGGAAGGAGCAGUACUGGGAUAUACACCAUGCUCUUCGUGUAAUUCGUUUUAUUAAUGAUUCUACCCCACAGGUAGAUGUUUUCCUCCGCAUACAUCAACUGGAAUCAGGAAAAUUGCCCCGAAACUUGGCUUUUCCAUUGGAACCUGAAGAUGAAGUGUUUCUUGCUAUUGCUAAAGCAAUGGAGGAAAUGGUGGAGGAUCCUAUAGAAUGCUAUUGGCUUGUCAGUUGCUUUGUGAAUCAGCUGAGCAGCAAGCACAAAGAUUCAUUACAACAACUGCCUAAAAUUCUGGAGCAGUAUUUGAACAUUGAAGAUAACAGGCUCUUGAUGCAUCUGAAAGCAUGUGCUGCAAUGAGCAAACUCCCUUAUGAUCUUUGGUUUAAAAAGUGUUUCGCAGGUUGUUUACCUGAGUCCAGUUUACAGAGAGUUUGGGACAAAGUUAUUAGUGGGUCCUGCAAGAUUCUCGUUUUUGUUGCUGUGGAGAUAUUAUUAACCUUUAAAAUGAAAAUAAUAGCACUGAACACUGCAGAAAAGAUCGCACAGUUUUUGGAAAAUAUUCCUCAAGAUAACACUGAUGCUAUUGUCAGCAAAGCUGUUGAUUUGUGGCGCACACACUGUGGGACUCCAGCACACUCAGUUUGAGAACCUUCUUCACUUAUGACAGCUUGGGGAAAAAAAAAAAGACAUUUGAAAAGACAUUUUACCACUCUUCCCCUAUCCUAGUGUGAAGUUCUUCAUUACCUCUUCUAUGUAAAGAUGCUAUUAAAGCAGCUAAUAGCAUAGUAAUCAAUAUGUAAGUAUUUUUCAAUAAAUACAGGUGGAUUGAAGAUACCUAGUGGCGGUGUGAUCAAGGCCAGAAUGUUUCUUGGCCAGCUAGCUACAGUAUUCUGAUUGCACAGUGUGCUCUCUGACUUUUGGGGAAGUAAAUCGAACUCUUGAAGCAAGGUAAAUAGACUUACUUGUAAUUUAAAAAUGUUUUUGUAUGCCAGUUUGUACUUGAUAUAACUUGUUACUACUUGGAGGUGUUUUUAAGCUGAAUUUACUAAAUGUUAGUCUGCUGGAACUCUUUGGUGAACAAGCAUGCCUUUGCUAGAAAUGUAAAUGUACUCUAUUAAUAUUGUAAAUUUUCAGGUAAAUGUUCAGGAAGAGGCAUCACAGGUUUGUGGUAGAGGACAUUGCAAUGACCAGGGCUGACAUGCUUUUCUGAAGUGUCUUAAAAUACUUUCUUUUUAUCUGUCAGCCAGCUCUCUAUGGCUGUACCUCCUUCUUUGUUCUUCAUGGAAGAUGCUCUAGAAAGGUGGAUCUGUCCUAUACUAAAGUGUAACUUUGGGCAGGUAUGGAGAAAAUCAGUGGGACAGGUCAGUAUAAUUCAGAAUUACAGGCCAGUAAUAAACAAUGCCUCUGUUGAA